AUGAAACCAAAAUAUAUUCCACCUUUAAACUUUUCUCCUGUGGUUAGUACAGAUGUUUCACUAUAUAGAUCAGGGUACCCAAUGCCUCUAAACUAUUCAUACAUCAGAAACCAAUUGCAUUUAAAAACAAUCAUUUAUGUCGGCGAUAAAGAAGAAUUAUCCUCAGAAUAUUCGGAGUUCUUAAAGGACAAUGCUAUAUUGUUCCAUCAUGUAUACAUGGACUCUUCACGAGAUGUAUCCUUGAAGCCCAAGAUGGAUAAAGUUCUACGAUUGGUCUUGGAUACUGAUAAUUAUCCAAUUCUUAUACAUUCCAAUAAGGGGAAACAUAGAGUAGGGGUAGUAGUGGGGAUUAUAAGGAAAAUAUUACAAGGAUGGUCUAUAGCAGGUAUAUAUCAAGAAUAUGGGGUAUUUUCUGGUGGUCUGAAAGGGGAAGUUGAUUUGGAAUAUAUAACAAUGUUUGAAACGAAUUUAUCUAUCCCCAAGACAAAAUUACCAGGGUUUGCAAAAAUUAAUCUUUUAGAUAAUACUCAAUCAGAUGGUAGUAGUACUGAUGAUAAUCAAACUACUAUCAUAUCAUCGAAUUUGAGAGAGAGGCUUGUUGUAUAA